GAGCAGCCCGGCCGGAGCGGUUUGGCGGUUGCACCGGGCAAGAUGGCGGAUCGGGAGGAGGCGUUGAGGGAGUUCGUGGCCGUGACCGGCGCCGAGGAGGAGCGAGCGCGGUUCUUCUUGGAGUCGGCGGGCGGGGACCUGCAGAUUGCCUUGGCCAGUUUCUACGAAGAUGGAGGUGACGAAGACAUCAUCACGCUCCCGCAGCCAGCCCCCAGCUCUGUUACCAGAGGCACCGCGGCCAGUGACCACAGGGUGACGUCAUUCCGCGACCUCGUCCACGCUCAGGAAGAGGAGGAGGAAGAGGAAGAAGGACAAAGAUUUUACGCUGGGGGCUCAGAGCGAAGCGGACAGCAGAUCGUUGGUCCUCCGAGGAAGAAGAGUCCCAACGAGCUAGUGGAGGAUUUGUUCCGGGGGGCCAAGGAGCAUGGGGCGGUGGCUGUAGAUAAAGCCGCGAAAAGCCCCGGAGAAGGCAGCAGGCCGAAAGUGAGUACGGCGGGGGCCCUCUUUGGAUCUGGCAAGCCCUUUGCGGGCGGAGGGUACCGCCUGGGAGCUGCUCCCGAGGAGGAAUCUGCUUAUGUUGCCGGAGAGAUGAGACAGAACGCUGCCCAGGAUGUGCAUGUUGUCCUGAAGCUGUGGAAGAGUGGCUUCAGCCUUGACGGUGGCGAGCUGAGGAGCUAUCAAGACCCGUCCAAUUCCCAGUUCCUGGAAUCCAUCCGCAGAGGAGAGGUUCCCGCGGAGCUUCGGCGGUUGGCUCGCGGCGGGCAGGUGAACUUGGACCUGGAGGACCAUCGUGAUGAGGAUUUUGUGAAACCCAGAGGGGCCUUCAGGGCUUUCACUGGAGAAGGGCAGAAGCUGGGCAGCACUGCCCCCCAGGUCAUGGGCACAAGCUCUGCAUCGCAGCAGGCCGAAAACGAAGCCAAAGCCAGCUCCUCCGUCACCAUCGAUGAGUCGGAGGCCACCACCAACAUCCAGAUCCGGCUUGCCGACGGCGGGAGGCUUGUCCAGAAGUUCAACCACAGUCACAGGAUCCGUGACAUCCGGCUCUUCAUCGUGGACGCCAGGCCGGCUAUGGCCGCCACCGGCUUCGUCCUCAUGACCACCUUCCCAAACAAGGAGCUUUCGGAUGAGGACCAGACCCUGAAGGAAGCUAACCUACUCAACGCCGUCAUUGUCCAGCGGUUCAUAUAAGGGGGGGCCUUCCGGCCGGCCGGCCGGCUGGCUGUACGCCCACGUCGUAUAGCCCCCGCGUGUGGCCCGCCGCGCAGUGCGGUGCCCCAGCCGUGUCAAUAGCGCCGGGUUCCAAGCUCUUGGGUUGGACUCUUUAGUUGCGUUCCCCACAUUUGUGUGUGUGUGUGCGUGUGUGUGUGCUGAUCCAUGGACUUCAAAAAAAAAAAAAAAUUAAAAUUAAACCAAACACAAACUUUCUGAAAGGAACAGCAUCUCUGCUGCCUGUUGUGCCUGCCACCCCCCCUCCCCCCUCCCUCCCACUGGAUAACUUAUGGAGCAGAUUGCCGUGCUGCCCUGCAGGGGAGAGGAGAGGUUAAAAAGGGGUGCAUGACGCCCUCCCCUCAUGCCUGCUCCAGGGGCAGCCAAAACAUUCUUCCUUCAGUGUAUUCAAUAAAGUGAACCCCUGAACUGGGGGCCUCUCUUCUCUGUUGCCAACCAAGUCCUAUAGGGCACUUCUAUGGGGUGGGGGGAGGGAAGGAAUGAAGGAAGGAAGCUGGGGGCCCCAAUCUGCCCCCUGUGCCGUCACCUGUCACCCUUCCUUGCCAUCUUCGAUCCUUCCCUGCAGGCUGUGGUGUAGCGUGAGCCUGUCCGCAUAGGGAGGGAGGGUCCCCGGCAGUCCCUUGCUGCUGACGUAGCCUAGGAAGGGUUUUCCGGUGCAAAGGGUGGGGCGGCCGUUGCCCCUUAUCGCAAGUGGCUUGGCUUUAAAAGGAAAGGGGGAAGUCUGGUGGUGAAGGCGCGGGGCGUUGCAACGGCCGGGUCUUGAUACCUGUGGGCGGGAGGUGGAGCAGGGUUUGUCUUGGAGCGCGUGACUGAACUUUCUCCAUGCUGUCUGAAAAUGAGUACAACCAGAGUCCAUCACUGUUCUGCGUUUUGGGUCCAGGUGCCUGUUUCCCCCCCCCUUUUUUUUUUUCUUUUUCUUUUCGUUUUUGUGUUUUGCAAAGAAUUCCUCAGCUGCCAGCCACUGUUGUUCUCACACGGCCACUUCGUUUACCUCAGAUAAUAUGAAGCAGGCCUUAGUCGGCCUCUUCCUUGCUGCACAGAAUGCCCGAGGCAAGCUUGUGUGUAUGGGUGAAAACGCCUCUUUGUGGAGUGGGUGUGGCGUAGACCGUCUUGACGUGGGCCUUUCCUCAACUCUGCUCAUUUUCUGUAGCUUGCAGCACCACUCAGCAGGAGCAGGAGUGCUUUACACAAAGAAGGGCGCGUGCUUCAAGAGCAGGUAUCUGAGCCUGGCGUAGCUGCCUGCCGUUAGUUCUUGAUUAUUCCACCCGAAAGUUCAUAAAUGGGCUUUUUUUUCUUUUUCUUUUCACGGCUCAACAAAUCUGCACCGAAUGUUGGCAGCGAACCCUGUAAAUUAUUGUGACAAAUGUGUGAGCAUUAAAAAUCCACAUGGGACCCAGGACCCACACCGUUUGCCCGUUUCUAAUGCAACGCGCAACACUCUCCAAUUUAGAUGUGAUGUGAGGGCGUCGGGGCAGGGGGGCAGACUCUGCUCGCAUCCCUUGAGUGGUGAACAUCUCGUCCCCUGAGGCCUAAGCUUACGCAUGUGGCAGAGUGAGGUGGGAUCGCACGACGCUUGUGGGAUCGCGUGGGCAGCGGGAGGGGACUCAAAAUCCUUCAAGCAGGAAAGCAAGGAACAGGUUGUGCUGGAACCUUCAACCCUGAUGGGUUUUCUAUUUGCAGGGAACUUGUAUAAUAAGCAGGGCCUUU